UAUCCAAUUGUCUUCAUUAACCUGAUUUCUAACUGUAAAGUGACUUCUUGUUUGAAUGUAAAUGUUGUCAAUGAAUGAGAUAUUUCACCUGGUUGGAUUCAGCUGAACUCUAAAUGAUACAUUUCAGAAUCAUAUAGUUUUGUAGGUUCACAAAUAAGUGUGAUGUUUUCCACAACCUGCAGACAUCCUCAAAUGUUUAUUUCACUAUUCUUGUUAGGUGCUCAAUAAGUGAAGGCAUCCAAGUGGAUUGCUUACGAAAGGAACCAAUGGAGGGUAAAAGUUCAGGACCUUCAUGCUCUGGACUCAAUCUGGUCGCACACCCACGAGCAAAAAGCAAAGUCUGGAAGUACUUUGGCUUUGACACAGAUGCAGAUGGGUGCAUAUUACACUGGAAGCGGAUAUACUGUCGUGUAUGUAUGAGCCAAAUUGCUUACUCUGGAAACACCUCCAAUCUGUCGUACCACCUAGAAAAGAACCAUCCGGCAGAGUUCAGUGAGUUUGUGAAGUGCAACACGGAUCAGAUGCGUGAGGCAUUCGCUACAGCAUUCUCCAGGAUAAAGACAGAGCCUUCAGGUCAACAUUUUCAGCAAUCCCAGGACACAAUCUUAAAGCACGGCUUAAACAAUGAAAACAGACGACACAAUGAUCUUACGUUAGCCAUCAUCAAUUUCAUCUGCGAGGGGCUGUAUCCUGUCUCUGUAGUUGAGGAGCCUACUUUCAAGACCUUAAUGAGUACAGUUGAUCCUGGAUACUCUCCACCAAGCAAAAGUGACCUGGCUGUUAAAAUGCUUCCUCAGAUGUAUUGCCGUACGCGGGAUAUGGUCUUCAGUGAUCUUGGUGGGGUUGUGAACUGUGGCGUUACUACAGACCUUUGGCAAAGCCAAACCCAGAACAGAACAUAUAUUUCACUCUCUAUGCAUUCAGUUAACUACAAUAGUACAACUGGGUUCUCUAUGACCAACAAGUGCCUUAAAACGUUUGAAGUACAAGAGGAUAACACAGCCGAGAAUAUUACCAGAGCUAUGUAUGAAGCCUUUGUUGAGUGGGGGAUAACUCAUAAAGUCAGUGGUGCCACAACAAAUGGUUCAGUAGAUAUUGUGAAAGCGUGCUCACUCUUGGAACUGUCUGUGGAAAUGCCUUGCCUCGGACACACUGUCAAUCGCGCAAUGGACGAAGCCUUCCAGCUGCCGCACGUCGACAGCUUUUUGGGAUGUUGCCGCAAACUUGUUGAUCAUUUCAGAGAACCGGCAAUGUAUCUGCUUAGAGAAAAACAGAAGCAACAUGGCCUUCCACAGUCUGCACUCAUCACAGACAGGGGUAGGCCUUGGUUGGCCACGUUGGCAAUGUUACAAAGAUUGAGAGAGCAGCAGGUUGCUAUAACUGCAACACUCAUAGAGAGUUCCAGUAGCCAUCAUUUCAGCUUUGAUGGUCCUGACUGGGCCUUGUUGGAGGGCUUGAUUGAAAUCCUCCAACCUUUUAAAGUUGUAGCAAACAUGAUCACUCUUUGCAGGUACCCAAUAAUCAGCAUGGUAAGGCCUGUGCUUCAUAUGCUUUUGAACACCACCCUUAAAGUUAAAGAAGGGGACCUUAAAGAGAUCAGCAUGACCAAAGAGGUUGUCUCCAAGGUCCUAUCAAGCACCUACUCCCAGAAUUCACAACUAUCGCAAGAGAUCUCAACAUUCCUCAACAUUGCUACAUUUCUAGAUCCCCGGUACAAGAAGUUGCCUUUCCUGUCCACACAGGAACGCUCCAAAGUUGAGAGUAACAUUAUUGAGGAGGCAAAAGCAAUCCUUGAGAAGCAGAUUGCGGAGCGACCAUGUCUUGAUGAUUUUUCAGUGGUGUCCGAUGAGCCUCCUAGCAAAAAACAGACACCUAUGCGAGAAUCUUCAACCAGCAGCAUAACCCAAGACAACCCUCUGGCUGCCAUAUUUUGCCAGUCUGAUGCAGACCAGAGUCAGGAGGAGCUGCAUGCUCAGGUGGUAGAGGAGCUGAGUAACUACAAAUCACAGAGAGUCCUAGGUCUGAAUGAAGACCCUUUACUUUGGUGGACAAGUCAUGCAGCUUUGUUCCCCACCCUUCCCAAGGUGCUCCAGAAGUACUGGUGUAUUCCUGCCACGAGUGUCCCUUGUCACAGGCUGUUCAGCUCCUCUGGGACUGUUCUGUGUGGCAAGAGGAACUGUAUAACUCCAGCAUUAGUAGAUCAACAAGUCUUCUUGUAUGAAAACUCACGGAGCUACUACAAGCCUGAACCCUGUGUGGAUGAUUUGGACAAUGUCUGGGAAGGCAACUAUAGUCAACCGCUUGAGUGACUGUGUGCCUAAAAUCACAAAAUGUCAAAGAAUUUCUACAACUUUAUUUCCUGUGUACUUGGCAGGCUACCUAUUCGACCAGCUGAAACAUUAAAACGUGUAAGGUGUGGUGUGAAAAUGUAAUGGACAUGUUGUUAUAAUAACUUUACUUGUUCGGUUGAGUUCUGGCCUGUAAUCAGUAUGUAAAGAAUAGUUUAAUGUCUGGGGGAAACUGCAUUCUUUCUAGGACUGAGAUGAGAAGAUUGGUAUCAAUCCUUUCUGUGCUAGGGAGAUAAAGUCAGAACAUAAACCUCGAUUACAUAAAGACUAGAAGCAGGAGAAACGGCAAGUCUGCCUCUGUCAAAACUUAAUAACUAUAUUCUCCCACCACCUCAUAAACUCAGUAAUUAAAUAUAAUAUUUUUAAUCUGUACGUAAACAGAAACGUAAAAAACAACUGUUAAGCUGUUGUUGCUCAAUGCUCCAACUUGUAAUUCCACCUCAAAACCACAAACCAGCCAGCUUAGCUAUGUGGCAAUAUCUGUCAGUCAGUCGGUCAUCUACUUUGGUUCAAACCAAACAACAACUGAAUGACUACUAGAUAAAUGACCACUACAUUUCCUCACAUAUAUCCAACUGUCUCCACAAUGAUGAAACCUGAUGACUUUGAUGAUCAGUCUUGUAGCGCCACCACCAGGUUAACGUUUUAGUUUUUUACUGAAAUGUCUCGACAAUAAUGUGAUGGUAAAUGUAAGCAUGCCAACACCCUAAAGUAAGUUGAUGAACAUAUUAACAUUGCAACUGCUAACAUCUGCGUGUUAGCAUAGUCAGUGUGAGCAAGUUAGCAUGCUGAUGCUACUAUUUAAUUCAAAUGAUCAGCCUCACAGACAGAGAUUUUUAGUCUUUCUGUUCAUGUCCGGGUUAAAAAAGCCACGCAUUUUGUUAAUUAGGGAGCUUUAGAGGUGUUUGAUUCAUCAUAACAGUUUGUAUUUUCUUUUAUAUAUACAAUCUGCAAAGACAAUGCAGUUAAUUUAAGUCAGGAUUUAAAAGUCUGACAGUGUGUGAAAACUUCAGAUGUGGUGGAUCUGCUGUGGCUCAGGAGUUAAAGGGUUUUGUCCACUAAUUGGAAGAUGGGCGGUUCAAUUCCUGCCUCCUCUAGUCCACAUGUCAAAGUGUCCUUGGGCAAGAUACUGAACCCCAAAUUGCCGGUUACCACCUUGCAUAGCAGCCCUUGUUAUCAGCUUAUAGGUGUAUAUGGCUUGUAGUGUAAAAGCCCUUUUAAAGUGACUGGACAACUAGAAAGGUACUGUAUAAAACCAGCUAUCAUCUCCUCAUAUUAAAUCAAACUGAAACAAAGAUAAUUGAUCAUUUUAUAGAAAAGUAAUGUUUUGUUUUCCUUCACUAGGUGUGUGUCUAACUAUACAACCACUUUGUGUAAUUAUCUUAAUAACUGAUCUGUUACAUUAUCAAAUUUAUUUUUGUAAGUAAUUUUACUUUUUACUUUUUAAAAAAAAGUUUUGCUCAAGAUGUAAUCUGUAAAAAUCUGUCUGUAUAUUGCUAAGAUUAACAAUGGAUGAGAUUUUAAAAUGUCAUGUUCUGCAAAACACUAAUAUAUAAAGAUGUUGUAAAAGAACUUCAGCAUUUGUCUGAUUGGUUGAUGUCCAAACUUGUAUUGCAAUA